AAUGGCAGGCAGGCCCGGGAAGCGGGACUGAGCAGCUUCGGGACCUCUGGGAUACUCGCCGGCCUGCACAGCCCCGGAGUGCGGACGCCCGGCCUGACUAUGGCGGCCCCCCGCCCGCCUCCCGCGAUCUCCGUCUCGGUCUCGGCCCCCGCGUUUUACGCCCCGCAGAAGAAGUUCGCCCCGGUUGUGGCCCCGAAGCCCAAAGUGAAUCCUUUCCGGCCUGGGGACAGCGAGUCUCCUGUGGCAGCCGGGGCCCAGAGAGCACAGAUGGGCCGGGUGGGCGAGAUCCCCCCACCGCCCCCGGAAGACUUUCCUUUGCCCCCUCCUCCCGUUAUUGGGGAGGGCGACGACUCAGAGGGGGCCCUGGGAGGUGCCUUCCCACCUCCACCUCCCCCGUUGAUCGAAGAACCAUUCCCCCCUGCUCCUCUGGAGGAGGACAUCUUCCCCUCCCCUCCACCUCCACUGGAGGAGGAGGGAGGACCUGAGGCCCCUACCCAGCUCCCACCGCAGCCCAGGGAGAAAGUGAGCAGUAUUGACCUGGAGAUCGACUCUCUGUCCUCACUGCUGGAUGACAUGACCAAGAACGAUCCCUUCAAAGCCCGGGUGUCAUCUGGAUAUGUACCUCCACCAGUUGCUACUCCAUUUGUUCCCAAACCUAGUACCAAGCCUGCCCCUGUGGGCACAGCACCCUUACCUCCUUGGAAGGCCCCUUCUAGCUCUCAGCCACCACCUCAGCCGCAGGCCAAGCCUCAGGUCCAGCUCCAUGCCCAGCCUCAGGCCAAGCCCCAUGUCCAACCCCAGUCUGUGUCUUCCGCUAAUACACAGCCCCGAGGUCCCCUUUCUCAGGCUCCAACUCCAGCACCUAAGUUUGCUCCAGUGGCACCUAAAUUUACUCCCGUGGCUUCCAAAUUCAGCCCUGGUGCUCCAAGUGGACCUGGGCCACAGCCCAGUCAAAAAUCGGUGCCUCUGGAAGCUCCUUCUUCUGUGGGCACAGGCUCCCCCCAGCCCCCUAGCUUCACCUAUGCUCAGCAGAAGGAGAAGCCCCUAGUUCAAGAGAAGCAGCACCCACUGCCUCCACCAGCUCAAAACCAAAACCAGGUACGUUCUCCUGGAGGCCCAGGCCCCUUGACCCUGAAGGAGGUGGAAGAGUUGGAGCAGCUGACCCAGCAGCUGAUGCAGGACAUGGAGCACCCUCAGAGGCAGAGCGUGGCAGUAAAUGAGUCCUGUGGCAAAUGCAGUCAGCCACUGGCCCGAGCACAGCCUGCAGUCCGUGCACUGGGACAACUGUUCCAUAUCACCUGCUUCACUUGUCAUCAGUGUCAGCAGCAGCUGCAGGGACAGCAGUUCUAUAGCCUGGAGGGGGCACCAUAUUGUGAGGGCUGCUACACUGACACUCUGGAGAAGUGCAACACUUGUGGGCAGCCCAUCACUGACCGAAUGCUGAGGGCCACUGGCAAAGCCUACCACCCACAUUGCUUCACCUGUGUGGUCUGCGCCUGUCCCCUGGAGGGCACUUCCUUCAUUGUGGACCAGGCCAAUCAGCCCCACUGUGUUCCUGACUAUCACAAGCAAUAUGCUCCAAGGUGCUCUGUCUGCUCGGAGCCCAUCAUGCCUGAGCCUGGCCGGGAUGAGACUGUGCGAGUAGUCGCGCUGGAUAAGAACUUUCAUAUGAAGUGUUACAAGUGUGAGGACUGUGGGAAAGCCCUGUCCAUUGAGGCAGAUGACAACGGCUGUUUCCCUCUGGAUGGCCAUGUCCUUUGUCGGAAGUGCCACUCUGCUAGAGCCCAGACCUGAGUUGAAGAUGGACCUCCUUCCACACCACAGGUCCAUCCCCCACCGUGGACCACCCACAGAGGCCAGUCCUUGCCUCCACCCUCCCUGCAUUCCAAAUCCCUCCCUUGUGUCUCAAGUGCCCUGACCCAGGGCCCCAGCAUGGCCUAGAAGUACUGAGGCUCCGUCCUGGUGCUGAGGCCCAGCCCUGGGCUCCAACCCUUGCCUCUUCUGCAGGGAUCACCUAUCAUCCUGAGGCCCCCAACCCAAGGGUCACAUUUAGUGCUGCUGCUUUCACUGCUGCACCAAUGCCCUUGGCUGGCCUGAGCAGCCUAUGCAAUGUGCUUGCUGAGGGUGGAAGCCCCAACCCUCUGGGAACGUGGCUCCAGCAGCCUGGACACCCACCUUGCUCUGUGCUGCUAGGUUGUGGCCACAGCUAAGAUUAUAAAACCUCAUUUUCCAGAAUUGCUAGCACUUGGUUUUUUGAUAAUACCCUAUACUCUUGGAGUUGAAAUAAAGGGUCUUGAUGGGGAAAAAGAUCAGGGGAGGGAUAAAAACUCAACUCUGUUUAUUUACAAAAAUAGAUAAUGCAUAUGUAAGUAUAUAUAUUAAACCCUCCCCCCAGCACCCACCCACCCACAGUCCCCUUCACUUGUACCCCACCCACCCCCUUUAUAAACAAAGGCUCCUUGGUCCAAA